GUAUUUUUUUAACCCUUUCUAAAUCCCAAUUACCAGGGUUUCAACACGAGGGUUAAGUAACAGAACCCUCGACAGAACCAUGGGGGUUCCUGCCUUUUUUCGCUGGCUUUCAAAGAAAUAUCCUUCCAUUGUUGUUCACUGUGUCGAAGAAAAGAGAAAGAAGCUUCAAGGUAUUGAUGUACCCAUUGAUGCCACACUACCUAAUCCUAAUGAGGUUGAGUUUGAUAAUCUCUACUUGGACAUGAACGGGAUCAUUCACCCGUGCUGUCAUCCCGAAGACAAACCAGCCCCAGAGACAGAGGAUGAGAUGAUGGUUGCCAUAUUUGAGUACAUUGACAGGAUAUUCAAUAUCGUGAGGCCAAGGCGUCUAGUGUACAUGGCAAUCGAUGGUGUGGCUCCUCGUGCUAAGAUGAAUCAGCAGAGAUCAAGAAGAUUCAGAUCUGCCAAAGAAUCAGUUGAUAAACUUGAGGAGAUAAAGAAAGUGAGGCAGGAACUAGCAGAGAGAGGUGUGGGGUUGCCUCCUCUUAAACCAGACAGUGCUCACUUUGACAGCAACUGCAUUACACCAGGUACUCAGUUUAUGGCUAAUCUUGCAAUAUGUCUUCAGUAUUACAUUCAUGACAGGAUGAACCACAAUCCAGCAUGGAAAGGCUUAAAAGUUAUAUUAUCAGAUGCUAAUGUCCCUGGCGAAGGUGAGCACAAGAUUAUGGAUUACAUCAGAAAGCAAAGAGCAUCAGUUGGUCAUGACCCAAACACUCAUCACUGCCUCUAUGGAGCUGAUGCUGAUCUCAUUAUGCUAGGACUUGCUACCCACGAACCAUACUUCACCAUAUUGAGAGAAGAUUUUAAACCUAAUCAACCUCGCCCUUGUGAAAUAUGCAAUCAAUAUGGUCAUAGUAUGACUGAGUGCACUGGUGAAGCAAGAGAGAAGAAAGGAGAGUUUGAUGAGCUAGCAACUGCUAACAUUGCAAUGGAAAAAGAAUUCAUUUUUAUACGAAUUAACGUAUUAAGAGAAUAUCUUCAGCGCGAGUUAAGGAUUGAUGGCUUGGACUUUAAGUUUGAUUUUGAGAGAGCCAUCGACGACUGGGUCUUCAUGUGCUUCUUUGUUGGAAAUGAUUUCUUACCUCAUCUGCCAUCUUUACAGAUUAGGGAAGGAGCAAUUGACAGAUUAAUUAAUCUCUAUAAGAAGUUCUUACCCUCUACUAAAUCAUAUCUAACUGAGAACGGAUUUGUUGAUGUUAAAAAUGUUCAGCUCAUACUUUUCGAACUUGGUAAAGUUGAGGAUGAGAUAUUUAUAAGACGAAGGGAUCAAGAUAUAAGGAACAAGGAAAGACAGAAAUUUAAGAGGAGGAGGAUUGAAGAUUACAAAGCUCCCCAGUUUAUUCCUGAGCAACUUGCACCUGUGCCUAUUGGUUCUGCUCCUAGUCCAGCUGUUAAUGCCCGUCAUGAUGCCUACCUCAUGAGACAAGGACCCGCUCCGUCAGCAGGAGCAGGUGGUGUUAGUGGUAGCUCACUCACUAGCAAUAAGGAAGCGGCUAAAAGCAUGAAAUCACUUCUAAAGAAAUCAAAAUCAUUCGAUGAUACUGGCUCCUCUGCUAGUCAAGAAGGAGGCGGAGUCAGAAGAAGCCUUACCAGCGAGGAGGAGAGACCACGGAACACUCUCAAACGAUCUUUCAGCGAUGCCAGACGAGCCAACAGUGGAGGAAGAGGCCAUGGAGAAGACUCUGGGUCUGAAGAAGAUGAAGUGAGGCUAUGGGAGGACGGAUGGAAAGAACGUUAUUAUCAAAGCAAGUUUUGUGUCUCAAGCAAUGACAUUGAUUUCGUACGUCAAGUAGUUGAGAGCUACUCUGAAGGACUCUGCUGGGUAAUGUCCUACUAUUACCAGGGUUGCCCUUCUUGGAAAUGGUACUAUCCGUUUCAUUAUGCUCCUUUUGCUUCUGAUUUUCGAUACAUUCGUGACGUUAGGGAUAGAUUUGAGACUGGCUCAAAGCCAUUCAGACCUUUAGAGCAGCUAAUGAGUGUCUUUCCAGCUGCUAGUGCUAAGUUCCUACCGCCUUCGUGGCAGACCCUCAUGCUUGACGAUGACUCAUCAAUAAUCGACUUUUAUCCGACAAACUUUAAAAUCGAUUUGAACGGAAAGAAAUUUGCAUGGCAGGGUGUGGCCUUGUUGCCAUUCGUUGAUGAGUGCAGAUUGCACGAAGCAUUAGAGCCACUAUACCACAUGCUGGAUCCACUUGAAACUGUACGUAACAGUCUCGGUAAUGACUUGAUUUUCGUUCACAAGCUUUCAAAGUUGUAUGCGUUUGCUCGGACACUUUACGAAGAGACACCUGGAGAGAAGGUUGGUCUAGUUUCAAUUAAUCCUGAUUCCUCUGGAGGUGUCUCGGGGUCUGUCUGGCCUAAUAAUAACAUGGCUGACAUUUUGAAGAAGAAAGAAUGUUUAGUUGAGUCUCCUCUCCCACAGUUGGAGACUAUAACUCCCACACAGGCAAUAUGUCUCAAUUAUCAAGACCCAACCUUCAGGCCGGAUCACAUUUACGAGUCUAAGCUCCUCCCUAAUGUCACUAUGCCUCCUCCGACCUUGAGACCAGGAGACGCCAGGUUUGGUGGUAUCCCCGGCGCCUACCGCCCACAGAUUGGGUUUUCACCUCGUGACAACAGAGGAAGGCCUUAUCAGACUCCGCCUUCUGCCAAGAGAUUCAUCAGAAAUGCCUUGUCUGAUGAGUCUCGUAGCAGUACUUAUCACGGUGUACCGCCACCUCCUGGUUCCUCCUAUCCUCCACCACAAGGACCCUCUGUGGCAUCAUGGACUCCAUUUCCUCAGCCUGAUUUUGGAAAUCCGAGGUCCCAGUACAGUGGGAGGGCUAGGGGUUCAUCACAAUAUUCACAUGGUCCCAGACGACCCCCUCCACAACAGUAUGGACAAUAUGGACGCGACUCUGGGAGACAAGAGAGAUCAUAUAAUUACUCACGUGAUCCCAGGGGGUCUGGAUAUGACCCCAGAGGUUCUGGAUAUGAUUCCAGGGGUUCUGGAUAUGAUUCCAGGGGUUCUGGGUAUGACCCCAGAGGGUCUGGAGGACAAUAUGGACAAUAUGCCUCAAGGGAUCCAAUGCCAUAUUCAUAUGAUAGACCUCCUAAUGAAUACCAUUCAUUCAGACAGCAGCAGUACAAGCGUCCAUUGCUACCUCCUUCUCCUCCUCCUCCCUCCUCUUCUGAUGGUUAUGGCAAAGGUCACUAUGAUAAUGAUGGUGGCUCUUAUCCUAAGAGAUAUCAUCAGUGAGAUAGCAACGUACUCUUAAAAUAAUGGUGAUUUUAUCAUUAUGAUUAUAAUAUUUAUAAAUAGAAUUAUUAUUAUUAUUUAACAGUACGUGUUUGCUUCUCUGUCAGUUUUGUUUUGCUCAAUUUGCAAAACAAAACACACUCCACACA